AUGGUUUUUUCCCAUGUUAAAGCAUGUUAUAUAGCACCGUCUUUGGACUUAAAUCUUCCCUAUAGAAUACCCGCAGGCUCCACUGUAACAACAGUUGAAGUGGCAGACUGCGACAUCCAAUCUCUCCAACUCAGUUCAAGUGAUCCAGAUUUCAUAAUUAAAGAGAAUGGGGCUUUAGUGACUAUUACUACUGUCUAUGUGAAAGCCACGGGGAGGACAUUUUCUGUGGUGGCUCAGGACGGCACCGGGUCCAGAAGUGAGAUGGAAAUCUGCCUCCAUCAGGAAAUCCAACAGAAUGAAAAUCUGCUCCGGCGGAAGAAAAGGCGCUGGAGCCCUCCUCCUUUCAACAUAAGAGAGAAUGAUAAUGGACCGUUCCCAAAAGAAAUUGAAAAGAUCGUGUCGGAUUCAGAAAUCAAGUAUCCCGUGUACUACACCCUGUCCGGCCCCGGCUUCAACGAGGCUCCUGUGGGAGUGUUCAGCUUUGAUCGCAAGACAGGAAUGUUGAGCAUAAACAAAGCUGUGGACCGAGAAGAAUACCCAAUAUUUGUUCUCACCACAAACGUGUACAAUGAAAACACGGGCGUUCCCACUGACCUCCCGCUGGAUAUCAAAGUUCUGGUGGACGACGUGAACGACAACGCUCCGCAGUUCUCCUCGCCUCUUCGCUUCUCCGUCCCAGAGGAGAGCAAACCAGGGACUGUGGUCGGUAAAGUCAACGCCACAGACAGAGAUCAGGAGCGGACGGACCACGUGGCGAUCCGCUACAGCCUACUGACCGGCACUGACCUGUUCUCCAUCGACCCGCUGACCGGAGUCAUCACCACCGUCUCCACUGCACUGGACAGAGAGAUUCAACCCAAGCACAUGGUGACAGUUCAAAUCAAAGACAUGAAAGGAGCUAGUAACGGCUUGUCCUCCACGGGAACCGCCACCAUAAUGCUGUCGGACAUCAACGACAACCCCCCGACCUUCAAGCAGCCGUCUUUCACAGCAACUGUCCCGGAAAACGAAAUAGACAAACUCAUCCUGCGCAUCCCGGUCGAUGACAGAGACUUGGUCAACACCGAUAACUGGUUCUCCAAAUUCGUCAUCACCAAAGGGAACGAAAACGGAAACUUCAGAGUGGAUACUGACCCGAAAACGAACGAAGGACUUCUGUAUGUUACUAAGCCGCUGGACUUUGAAGAAACGCCCACAGUGAAGCUGGAAGUUCAGGCUCAGAACAAGGCCCCGCUGAUGGGAACCAGCGCCCAGUGGCUGAGCGCCCCAGUGGACGUCACGGUCACCAACGUGGACGAGGGCCCCGAGUUCAUCCCCCCCAUCAAAUACAUGAAGGUCAAAGAAAACACGCCCAACGGCACGGCCAUCGGGACGUACACCGCCAUGGACCCGGAGACCAAGAGCAGCGCCGGCAUCAAGUAUUUAAAAAUGUCAGAUCCGGCAUCAUGGAUAAAUAUUGACCGCAACACGGGGGAAUUCAAAGUGGCCAAUACGAUUGACCGAGAGUCGAGUUUUGUUCAAAAUGGGGUUUACAACGUCACCGUGAAGGCUAUGGACGAAAGUUCUAAGUCCAGCAUAGCCACAGUGGUGAUUCAGGUGGAGGAUGAGAACGACAACGUCCCGAAAGGGCCGUCGGAGGAGCUGGUGCUGUGUGAGGUGGAGGGCCAGCUGGGCUCUGUCGUGCUGGUGGCCGAAGACAACGACCAGUCCCCUUUCUCGGAGCCUUUUUCCUUCAGCAUGGCCCCCGACAGCGACGACAAGUGGAGCGUGACGAGACUCAACGCCACGGCAGCCACGUUGCAGCAGCUGAAGGAGCUCCAUCUGGGGGUCCACGACGUGAAGGUGCUGGUGACUGACCUGCAGGGAUCAGGCACAGUCCAGACCGUGAGAGUUCGGAUCUGCAAAUGUGUGAACGGAAAGUGUCCAGCCACAAAGUCCUCGGUCACACUGGGGCCCAUGGGCUGGCUGGCUCUGCUGCUGCCCCUGCUGCUGCUGCUUCUGCUCUUCUUACUGCUGGCUUGUCUGUGCGCUGGGAACAAACAUCAGAAGAUGUCGAUGGACAACAUCGUGGACAGCGGCGGAGUCCUGCUCAAAUCUAACACAGAGGCUCGUGGGGAAGAAGUGGACAUCAGCCAGUUCGCUGGCCCCACCGUCACUGUCGACAAAGGCUCGGUCAAAGGGUCCGUGGUGAACUCCGGCUGGAUCGGCAACAAUAGUUCCAGCACCAUCCAGGACAACGGCAUGUACACCGGCAACAUGGUCACCACCACGGACAUGCAGCAGCAGUACUCUAAAUACGAGGACCAGUUUGGGAUGCAGUACAACAACGGUGGCGGCGUCGGCGCCCAUCUCCUCGGACAAGGCAACGACGGCAGGUUCCACUCUCAGCAAGACUACUCUCUGCUCCGAACCUGGCAGACCAAUGGCCGCUACUUAGAGCAGAAGCUGUACUUUAUGGGCGACAAGGACGAGGGCCGCUACGCUGACGACAUCGUGCACGCCUACGGCUUUGAGGGGGUGGGCUCUGCGGCCGGGUCGGUGGGAUGCUGCAGCGACUUUGCCGACGAGGGCUUGGACUUUCUAGACACGCUCGGACCCAAGUUCAAGACACUGGCAGAUGUGUGCGCCAAGAGAUGA